AAUUAAUUUUAUAAACGCAUGCUAAACAUCUCACAGGUAAUCAAGCUGUGGUUCUGGUUGUAACUAGCUCAUUUUCAGAAGCCAGAAACUUACCGCCUUCAACCGAAACCCUAAUUUCUCUAAUACCUAAACCUAACCUCUCUCUUAAUCCCCUUUUCGUCCAAUAAUCAUCAACGCAUUCUCGUUACGUUCCAAUCUUUUAGGGUUAGGGUUUUCACUUUUCCCCUAUUGUCUAUAAUUAAUUGAAGAUCCCCCUAUACUUUUUUGGUGAAUUUAGGUUAGGGUUAAUGUGUCUGAAGUUAUGAGAUUAUUGUAUCUAGCUUGUAUUGGUGCUGGUAGCCGUCUCGUUGUGUUUGAUGAAUCUGAAUUACUCUGUUGGUAAAAUGCCAUCCAAUUACUUUUUGAGGUUCGGAAAGAUUUUGGGGAAGGAAACUGGAUUUCAGGAUACUGCUGAGGUUUUGAUUGGACAGGGGAAAUUGUGGUUUGGUAGUUCUAAGUUUUUUCAUUCUGUGAAUAAAUCGAGUUCGUUUUUAUCGGAGGCAACCCUAUUUGUGCGUCCCGGGGUUGCCUUAGCUUCUAGUUCUGAGUUUGUUGGCAAAAGAAGAACGUUGUCUGUUGUUGAUACGGUAUCUAGAACGUUUUCGGUUCCAUCUGUGUCCGGGCCUUCGAUUCAGGUCUGUGGUUAUCAUAUUGAUUGUGCUCUUUCUGGGCCGGGUAAGUUUUCAGCUGGUGGCAAGUUUCAGAUUAAAAGAAUGGCUGCCCGCUUACCUGGGAUGGGGGGUGGUGAAGGCUCUUUGGAUUACUUGACUCUGAAGCGUGGUCGUGGUUUGUUGGCAACGAAAAGUGGCAACAAUGUCUAUUUGAAUACUGGUUUGGGAAAUGGUGGAAGAGUGAGAAUGAGUUUGAAUAAUCAUCAGCGGCCUGAUAAUGGUGCAAUUUUUGGUUAUUUUGUUUGUAAUGCUGCAAAAAGUUGGUGCAGUUCUUUCAGUUUUACACAGUUUGGGAAAGGAGAUUUCCAUAGUUCGUCAACAUCAUGUAACUCAGUUGGCCCAGCUCAUGAUGCCCCUUUUGACACUGCUGCUCGUCAGGAGAAGAAGCUUACGGAUUCUGCUGAUUCAACUGAACUGAAAACUCCUUCUGGGAAAACCCUGAAGCUGGUAUCAGGAUCAUGCUACUUGCCUCAUCCUGAUAAAGAAGAAACUGGUGGAGAAGAUGCUCAUUUUAUAUGUUCUGAAGAACAAGCAGUAGGGGUGGCUGAUGGUGUUGGUGGCUGGGCAGAUCUUGGUGUUAAUUCUGGAUUUUACUCUCGCGAGCUCAUGUCCAAAUCAGUGGAUGCUAUUCAAGAUGAGCCCAAAGGGUCUGUUGACCCAGCUAGGGUGCUGGAAAAAGCACACUCAAGUACUAAAGCCAAGGGCUCAUCCACUGCAUGCAUCAUUGCUCUCACUGAUCAGGGGCUUAAUGCCAUUAAUUUGGGAGACAGCGGGUUUAUGGUUAUCCGUGAUGGUUGCACCAUAUUCCGGUCUCCAGUGCAGCAACAUGAUUUCAAUUUCACCUAUCAGUUGGAAUAUGGUAGCAAUAGUGAUUUACCUAGUUCUGGUCAGGUUUUUACAGUUGCUGUUGCUCCUGGCGAUGUCAUAGUUGCUGGUACGGACGGGUUGUUUGAUAACCUAUACCAUAAUGAGAUUACAGCGGUGGUGGUUCACGGUGUAAGAGCUGGCUUAAGCCCUCAGGCCACAGCUCAGAAGAUAGCUGCAUUAGCACGUCAACGCGCACUGGAUAAAGACAGGCAGACUCCUUUCUCAACUGCUGCUCAAGAUGCUGGAUUUCGUUACUAUGGUGGCAAGCUUGAUGAUACCACAGUUGUAGUUUCAUAUAUUACGGGAUCUGAAGUUGCGUAGAUUCGUUUUGUCUUGCCCAUUUGUAUAUAUACAUCAUAUACACACGUUUUGUCAAAGUGAUGACUUGUUAUUUUGAAGAAUUAGAUUUGUCAGACACAUUCUGUUGAGAUAUGUCCUUUGAACUUUAAAUCUUCCUCGGCAAUUUUAUCCUUUGGUUUGUUUUUUUCCAACCGAAUAGAUGCUGCAAAGUUAGACUUGAAUGAAUGUAAUAAUAUCAAGGUUGACAAAUGAUGUACCAACUCUAUUGACUUUUGGGUUGAGAUUGUUCUUGACACCAGUGUUGUAAUUAAUCAAACGUUGAUUUUGUCU